CCCUGACACCCCCUUGAGUGUUCCAAGUCGGAGUGGCAGCUUUCUAGGGCCAUCAAUCUCUAUCCAUUUGUGACACUAAUGUCCUUCGAACGUGCGGAUGAUAUCCCUCUGGACCGUAAACAGACGGUCCAAAAACCACCCCCGCAGAACACCACCGAGGAGACCGAUGUGGGCGAUAUCGACGAUGUGGUGCUGGAUCCAGUCAAGGAGAAGAAGCUUCUCCUGAAGCUGGACCUUGCUUUCGUGCCUAUCAUCAUGUUGACCUAUUUGUCUUGUUUCCUCGACCGGAGCAACAUUGGAAAUGUCAAAGUAGCCGGAAUGCCUGAGGACAUCGGGGCCUCGACCAACGAGUUCUCCAUCGCCGUCUCGAUCUUCUACGCCACUUACGUUCUGCUUGAGUCGCCAUGGGCGGUCGCAAUGAAGAAGCUGACCCCACGCAACAUCCUCACGGGCUUGUGCAUUGUCUGGUCCAUCACCACUGUCUUCACUGGUUUUAUUCACAAUGUCGCCUCUUUCUACGCCACCCGUCUUAUUCUCGGCGCCUGUGAAGCGGGUCUUUUCCCUUGUCUGAAUCUAUACCUGACCAUGGUCUACCGGCGCGAGGAGCAAGCUAAGCGAGUCUCGUACCUGAUGAGCUGCGCUGCCAUUUCUGGUGCAGUUGGGGGUUUACUUGCCUACGCAUUACUGCACAUGGAUGGUGUGGCAGGGAAAGCUGGAUGGAGAUGGGUCUACAUUAUCGAGGGCCUCUUCAGCAUCAUCUGUGCGCUGCUCAUCUGGUUUGGCCUCCCCAACGAUCCGACAACCGCCUACUUCCUCACUGAAGAAGAGCGGUACAUGAUGCGCGUCCGCAACGCUCAGCGUCAGAAAUACAUGGGAAGCGACCACUUCAGCUGGGAGGAGAUGCGACUAGCCCUGCGGGACCCCAAACUGAUCUUCAGCGCGAUCACGCAAUUCUGCCAGGACAUCCUGCUCUACGGGUUCAGCACGUUCUUACCGACCAUCCUCGGGAGUCUGGGCUACAACUCCUUAAUGAGCAACGUGCUCACCGUUCCAGUGUAUAUCUGGGCCGCUGCAGUAUCUGUCACGGUCGCGUUCUUCGCGGAUCGGUACUCGAAAUUCGCUGUCUUCAUCGUCGGAACCAACAUCUUCGGCAUUGUGGGCUACAUCCUGCUGCUGGCCGUCUCCUCUGACCCGGUCAAGUACUUCGCCACCUACCUCUGCGGCGUGGCGGUGUACACGGGGGUCGGGCUGAACGUGGCGUGGCUGAACGUGAACUUCGCCCCGCAGUACCGGCGCGCCCUGGCUGUCGGCCUCCAGCAGACGGUCGGCAACUGCGCGGGCAUCGUGGCGGGCCAGGUGUACCGGUCGUCGCCGUACGUGCUGGGCAAUUCGUUCUCGAUGGGUGCGUUGGUCGUGGCGCAGGGGGUGGUGACGGCGCAUGCGCUGUAUCUGCGCCGGGAGAACCGGGUCAAGGCGGAGAUCUUGGAGGGGAAGAUGGAGGACCGGCGGCGGGUGCAGUCCGGGGAUGCGGAGUUGGAAUUCAAGUACAUUUACUAGUAUCAUAUCGCACCUUACCUACCGGAGGAAAAAUAUUCAUGUAUUGGUGGUCAAAUGAAAGCUUCUCCGGUUGUCGUCAUACUAUCCUUCCACCUUGAACUCCCCCCAUCCCUUUGUGUCAAGUCUGUGGACGAAAAGACCAUGGGGAC